CGUUAUUGUUCGUUGACUACAAUCACGUGACCAGUUUGUUGUGGUGAUAGCCGUGUGACGUCAUUUUCGCCAACCUGUCGCGAUCCACAUCGCAGUCGUGAGCUAUUUUAAGAACUCCACGUGGCUAGAAAUUGACAGGGCAAAGUUGCGUGUUGUAUAUUUCGCCGCCUGGCUUCCUGAAUGUGAAGUAUAUAAGGGUGUCAGUGGUGUGUGUGGUCAUAUCAGCGUGAGGCAGUCAGACAGAGAACGUUUGGGAUAAUAGCUGGUGAUAAUUCAGAGUGGGAACGGACAACGGACUCUUUGUUAUUCACUUACACUGUUUCUACAGAACGGGACACAUUUCAAGGAACAUUCAUCGUGUUCAGGUGAUAUUUUGUGAUAUCGCUAUGGGUUUGAUACUAUCACGGCUUAUGCAGAUCUACAGUGAGUUUUCAUCGGAACCAGCUCGGAUCCUGAUGCUGGGACUGGAUGCAGCAGGUAAGACGACCAUCCUGUACAAGCUGAAGCUGAACGAGAGCGUGUGUACCAUCCCCACCAUCGGCUUCAACGUGGAGACGGUCAGUCCGGUGAAGGGCGUGACGUUCACGGUGUGGGACGUUGGCGGCCAGGAGAAGAUCAGACAGCUGUGGAAACACUACUACCUGAACACACAAGGUCUGAUCUACGUGGUGGACAGCGCAGACCGCCUGCGUAUAAAGGAAGCCAGGUCGGAGCUGCAUGGAAUCUGCAGUACGCCGGAGAUGGUGGGGGUACCGGUGGUGGUGAUCGCCAACAAGCAGGACUUGCCAGGUGCCCUAAAACCCUCGGAUGUCGUCGAGGAACUUGACAUGAGGGACCUCAGUAACCGGAAAUGGUACAUACACGGCGCAUGCGCACCAAAUGGAGAAGGGUUAUUGGAAUCAGUGCAGGAAAUGUCGCGACUCGUGAAAGACUUUCAGAAAGCUCGUCAAUGAUGACAGUGGACGUUCCACAACACCAAGCAUAAUAAAGAAUCAAAACAGCACAAUCAACAAGUAUGUGGUAUACAGGGCCCUGCUCCCCGUCUGAAGUUCAGCGAGACACCAUAUAAGUCGAGAGGAUAAGUUCUGGUGCGAGUCAGUGCGUCUGCCACCCCGCAGGUAACUUCUUUUGGGAGAGAUACUUGAACUCGUUCUUCAAGGUUCUUACAAGGCUGGCAAUUCAAGGUUCUCACAACGGUGGCAAUGUGAAGUUCAAAUUUCCUUGGAUAUUGAAAUCACCGAAAUGAUCAUGUGAGUGUUGUGUGACGCCGCAUGAGCGGUUAUGUAGCCAUUGGCGGUGUACUGUGUCUGAAAUUAGACUGUGAUAGCUCAGGUACGUUAAGUUUGAAACUCUUCAGAAAUCAACGAAUGACUUUAUUUACAGUGUCAUAGAUUCAUUUUUAUUUUGUUGUGUAGUUGUAAAUAUGUUGUAAAUAUUGUUUGUAUUUGUUGUUUAUAAUAAAAACGUUUUU